AUGGUGGCCUUUACCCUCGCAGUGGUCGCCUUCGCAAAGGUGACCCGCCUCGAGAGGUCGCUGAAGUAUUACAUGGGAGGUAGCAACCUCCAAGUAUACACGCUUCAGAAAUGGAUAAUCGCCUGGCUAUCUUUACAAGUUGCCGUCGACAUGAUAAUUUCCUCCGUUCUAGCUUACACGCUAGUCAAAUCGCGUACGGGCUUUGACGCCUCCGAUACAGUUAUUAAUCGUCUCGUGCGGACCACAAUCCAAAGUGGCAUCCUUUGCGGAUUAUUUUCUAUACUUGCACUGGUCAUGUUCCUGGCGAAGCCUUACACCCAGUUAUACGCUGUAGCUGGCUACCCAAUCGGUCGACUGUACACCAACGCUGUGAUGGACUCCCUGCUUUCCAGGAAAUUUGUGAGGGGAAUAUUGGGGCACGGGAAUGAAACACGAGUGUUAGGGAGUGGUUUCAAAUUGCAGGUGAGAAAGGACGUAGACACCGAGAUCAGGUUCAAUGGAACCCUUUCUGGUCGUGAAACCGUGGAUACGAAAACUCAAGAAGAACAAUACUCCAAAACCACCGCGUGA